UAACUGGUAAAAAAACAUGAUAGAGAUAGAAAAGAAAAAAAAUAAAAUAAAAUCUCUCAAAUAAUUAUGUAUUUAAAAGGCUUUUUCUGGUUGAUUGGAGUAUAUUCUUAGGAAAUGAAAUACAAUACAUGUUAACUUAUUUUGUUUUUAUUGACUUCCGAGUGUUUUAUAAAAUACAUAAGCAAGGAUAGUUAAACUAUUUUUUUCCUUGUAAUUUUUUGUGUUAUUAUCUUCCAAAAUAUUUGUGAAUAUAUAUGUCAACUCCUAAAGGCUUGGGUGGAGGUUUUCAGAAGGGGAGUGAGCAGGAAGAAAAACAAGUUAACGAUUGAGGAAGUGGUGAAGAAGAUUGCCGUUGCUAUUGGGAGGCUCUUGAGGUUUUGUUUGUUUUAUCGGAUUGGCCAGGUCAGGACUAAUCGCAGUCCCAAUGGGAUAUAUGGGAGCAAAAAUAAUGAAUGGGACAAUUUAUUCCAAAGGCAAAACUUAUCCCACCGGAAGGGGACUUGAUUGAGCCAUCCAUUCCCUUGGGUCAUGCUGGGACAAGCUCUCGCUGCAACAUGCUCUCUUGCUUAAACGUGCUCUCUCGUCAGAAUGUGCUCACUCUGCAGCUCUCCCAUUGAAAACCAUGUCGGGGUUGUAUAGAGACAAUGUGAUGGUGGGCACGCCGAUUGUUGAUAUGUAUGCCAAGUGCGGUCGCAUGGAUUUCGCUAGAUUGGCUUUUGAUGAUAGCGUACGUUGAUUGAUGGUUAUAUGAGAAAUGGGGAGGUUGAGUUCGCCGUUGAGAUGUUUGAAGAAAUGCCUCACAGAGAUGGAGUUUCUGUCAAGCCUAGAAUUGAGAAUUAUGGUUGUAUGGUGGAUCUCUAUAGCCGAGCAGGAAGGAUGGAAGAUGCAUUACAUGUAAUAGAGAAGUUGCCAAUGGAACCAAAUGAAGUUGUGGUUGGGUCAUUGCUAGCUGCUUGUAGGAUUCAUGGUGAUUUUAGCUUAGCUGAAUGGUUAAUUAAGUAUCUCUUUGAGUUGGAUCCUGGAGUUGACUCCGAUUAUGUGAUCCUUGCGAACAUAUAUGCCGCAGUUGGAAGAUGGGACGGUGCAGGCAAAGUUAAGAAGACAAUAAAGGCCCUUGGAGUACAGAAGACACCAGGACUUAGCUCAAUAGAGAUUGACUGCAACAUUCAUGAAUUUGUGGCUGGUGAUAAGUUUCAUGUUGACACAGAGUGUAUAUAUGAAAUGAUAAGAGUAUCUUUCUCUGGAGCUAAAAGUAUGUGGAUAUAUUCCUGAAAACAUUGGAAGUAACCGUUAUGAAAUUGAUUGAUACUUUUUGAUACCAUAUAUACUACCAAUGUCAUUCCCUAGAACUAAAUCCCCUGUGUCUAUUUGUUAUGCUUUGUUGGUUAUUCUAAAUGGGUCAUUCUAUACGGAAACUAGAAUAAUGUGACCUUAGCAAUGGUGCACGAAUUCCUUCCUCUAGUUUCUAGCUCUGUCCGGUUCCCUCUUAACAAUUGGUUUUACCUUUUUAUAAUUCUAGUUAUAUAUGAAGUUAAAUUAUUUUUA